GCACAGAAGUUGCACUCAAAUCUGGGACUGCAUUGGAAGAUGCACCAGACAAGCCUUGCGUAGUGCGUUAUGAAGCUAUGGUGUAUAGCCUCCUGCGCGGUCACCCAGGCAUACCAUCAUGCAAAUGGAGUGGCCUGGAUCGAGGAUCAUAUUUCUAGACUCUGGAACAUCUAGGUGCGAAUCUCGAACAGCUCCGCAGACUGUCCAGGGGCAAACUUUCUUGGAAGACCGUAGUCAUGCUUAGAGUCCAAAUGAGUUGAAUUUGCCCACUCGCGUGGAAUCAUACUACGGGACAUCAAGCCUGAGAAUUUCGUGAUGGGUAUUGGGGAAAAGUCUCACUUUGUCUAUCUAUUGGACUUUGGUUUGGCGAAGCUUUAUGUCAACCCAUCCACGGGAGCACAUAUACCAUAUCGUGAAGGUCGCGUUCCAUUAGGGACCAUGCCAUAUUCAAGCUACAAUGUGCAUUUCGGACGAGAACAAGGACGGCGAGACGAUCUUGAAGCAUUGGGCAAUGUCUUACUAUAUCUCUUGCACGGCCGUCUUCCAUGGGAAGACAUCUACGCACCCAACAAAGAGGCCAAUUUGCGUCGAAUGGCAGAUAUGAAAGCUGGGUCUGCAGCAUUUCGUGACCUGCUCACACGUUCUCCUGCUGAGUUCACAACCUACUUUGAUCACUGCCGCAGUUUGAAGUUCGAAGAGAAGCCAAACUAUGGGUUGUUGAGACAAUUGUUUAGCCAGAUAAUGGAGAGGGAAGGGUUGACAGGAAAUACAAGGUUCGACCCACUGGAUGAAAGUUCUGACAAAGGUACACUGGUACCCAAAGAGUCAUGAUAUCUCGCUUUAUUUGGAAGAGGAAGAUACUGUCAGGCGUAACGGAGAAAGGUGUUAGUCCUGCAUCGAUGGCUAAACUCUUGAAUUCUGCUGUGGUUGACUGACUCAACUCGCUGGCUGGUAACAUCAUAGCGUACAACAGCACCUUGAAAGUGGGCAUGACUGUUUUGAAU